GUUCACGUUUAGAAAACCAGACGAUCUUGAAUUUCCGCUAGUUGAGGGAGUGGAUACAACACGUGGCAUUACUGGAAAAUAUUGAGGAAGAUCAACUUAUUAAUCGCUAUAAUGUAGGCAACUCAAAGAGUUGCGUUACAGACAUUUAUGAUGGUGUCCGCUACAGAAAGCUUAUGACAAAGGGCUUUGUCUUGGAUGAACAGUAUAAUUUUUCAUACAAUUUUAAUACUGAUGGUGCCUCUUAAAAGUUCAGGAUACAGUAUUUGGCCAAUACAUGUUACAAUAAAUGAAAUAAUUCCAAGGGAACGGAACAAACAUACUGUUCUUUCUGGACUUUGGUUUGGAUACACGGAACCAGACAUGACUCUCUUUCUGCAACCAUUUGUUGAUGAUGCUGAAAAUUUGGCAACCACUGGUAUUAAGUGGCAAUCGAGUAAUGGAAAAAUUAUCAGUAGCAAAUUUGUUCCGUUGGUUGCCGCAGUAGAUUCGGUUGCCAGACCUAUGCUACAAAAUACCACGCAGUACAAUGGAAUGUUUGGUUGCGCAAUGUGCAAACAUCCAGGAAAGCAAGCAAAAAGAGGGAAUGGAACAGCACAUAUAUACCCCCUUCAAAAUUAUUCUGACAGAACUGAUGAAGAGACUGUGCAACACAUGCGGCAAGCAGUGAGAGAUGGGAAAGUGAUUAUGGGUGUCAAAGGUCCAUCUGUUCUGAUAAAUCUUCCUUAUUUUAAUAUUGUGUCUGGUUUUAGUCACGAAUAUAUGCAUAGUGUCCUUUUGGGUGUUACAAGGCAAAUGACAUAUUUAUUUCUUACAUCAGUAGGCACAGAUUUUUCCAUUGGUUCACCAAGGAGGCUCAAUUUGGUAAAUUCACGACUGUCUGGUUUAACUCCCACAAGUGAGAUAACUCGGUGCCCACGGUCAUUAAAAGGUGUAAAGUAUUGGAAAGCCAGUGAGUGGAGGACUUGGUUACUAUUUUAUUGCAUUCCCUGUUUAAGAGACAUCAUUCCAGCUCGCAAUCUUCAGCAUCUACUUCUACUUUCUAAAGCUAUAUUUAUCUUGCUUAAGGCACAGAUAACGUAUCAGGAGAUUAAUAAGGCACAUGAAUUUCUUAUUGAAUUUGUUGGGAAAAUGGAGAUACUGUAUGGUCCUGAAGAGUGCAAGUUUAAUGUCCACCUUCUUACACACUUGGCUAUGUCGGUGAAAAAUUGGGGACCCUUAUUGGCACAUUCUGCAUUUGGUUUUGAAAGUGCAAAUGGAAGACUAGCAAAAUUAAUUAAAGGUACUCAGUACAUUUUGAAGCAGAUUACAAGGCGCUUCUUGCUUAGCAAAGCUCUUCCAUGUUUUUCAAAACAUGUUCAAUUUAAUCCAUCUUGUCAAGAAUUAUAUGAGAAAUUAACUGACUUAAUCCUACCACGUGUUUCGGCUGCUGCAGAAAUUGAUAAAGGCUUUGUAAUGCUGGGAAGACCAUCAAUUUCCAAACUAUCUGCUGAAGAAGCUGCAGCUCUGUUAGACUGCAACGUAAAUCCAGCUCCAGAUGAAAUAGCUGUUUACAAACGAAUGAUUUAUCAAAAAUGUUUGCUGCAUAGUACACAAUACACUCGGGCAACAAAAAGAAACAACACCAUUAUUAUGGCUGAUAAUACAUAUUACAAAAUAUUGAAAUUGGCAACAUACAAAACUCAAAGGGAGAAACAGUGUGUUUUAUUUGUAAAACCGCUAAACAUACAACAGAACAGAAUUUUUGGGCAACAUUCUCAAUUGCAACUUGUUGUCGAAGGUAGUGGUUUGUUUGCUAUUAAAAUUCAGAAUGUCCAGCAAAAGUGUAUAUAUAUAUAUGCCCAGAUGGAGACAACUGUUAUGUUUGCCCACUUCCAAAUAUGUAUGAACGAGACUAAAUUGUGA